UUAUGUCAUCUUUUUUAAAGAUUUAUUUUAUUUUGUUAAAAUUAUUAAAUUUAUAAUAUUAAUGCAAAUAAAUACACAAAUAUGGCUAACAAAGAAUAUUACGAACGCUGGUUAAAAAUCAAAGAGCAAAUGAAGACAACUCUAUCUGAAGACGAGAGACUUAAUGAGUUAGCGACAUUGUUUGUCGGCAUCAAACCGCAGGCAACUGCUGUCGAAAUAGUUGCCAGAGUGUACAGUAAGUAUUGUGAACUCUACAACAAACUCUGCGAUUGUUACGACCAAAUGGAGCAAGUUCAAAGACGACAAUAUAUAAAGAAGAUUAUUGAUGCUGUAACUUGCAGGCUGCUUGAGCUGAAACGCACUUUGGAAGAAGUCGAAGUUUUCGAAUUCACUUAUCCAGAUAAUGCCUUGCAACAAUUGCUAAUGGUGCCACAGGACAUAAAAAUCCUUUGCCCAUUUUUCUAUCCAUUUGAAAUACGGCAACAGGAAAUGCAGUACAUUAUAGAUCAAAUAUUUGCUGGUAAUCGAAUUGGUGAUCCCACUCCAACCCCUUCUGAAAUUAAAUGUAAGGAAGAAGAGCGCUUGGAAGAAGAAAGAAGGAAACAAGAAGAGAAAGAUGCUGAAAUAAAAAGAAUGAUUGCCAUGGGAGAAGACAUAUCACUCUCUGACACAUCUGUUGUUCUUUCUCCCCAAGAAUUAGAAGAAAUAAGAUUGAGAGAAGAAUAUGAAAAGCAUAUUAAUAAUAUACAAAGGAUGGAAAGAUCAAGAUUGGUGACAAGAAAUAAUGUACAUAAACGUAACAAAGACAUAAAUUUAUACUUAGAACUGGCUGGAAUAAAAGCUCCACAAGUAAGGGAAGAAUUAAGAAUUAGAGCAGCUAUGUUUAUUCAAAAAGCAUAUAGACGUUUUAUGGAAAUUAAAAGAGAGAAAAACAAAGAUAUUCAACUCAGACAAAAACUUGGUAUGAUAAUGCCUUCUUGGUCUCCACCAUCUGCAUAUAUUCAAUUAGAAAAAGUUAAAGAACAACGAAGAAAUUACAGGCGUAAGUAUUAUGAGAAAUGGAUGGAAGAGAAUAUUAAGGAAAAUGCACGCGUUUUGAGAUUACGUGAAGGUGAUAUAAUGGAGGAUAUAUCAUCAGAAAUUAGACAAUGGUUUCAGGAAUGGUAUCAUGAAGUAAGACUCUUUGACGAGUUUCCUUGGCCCGAAGAAGGGGGAUCCAUUUUAGUCGUAAAAGGUGAAACAUUUACUAUAGAAGAAUACAUUGAUUGGCGAACAGCAGAAGAAAAAAGGUUGAAAGCUGAAGCUGAAGCGCCGAAGACUAAAGAACAAAUAAAAGCAGAAAAAGUUGCUGCACGAGAAGAAAAAAAGCGACUAGCAUUUGAGGAAAAGGAAAGAGAAAAAAAACGGUUACUAGACUACAAAAAAACAAGACUCAAUCCCGAUAACGAUCCUGGUAUAUACAUAAGUAUUGGUAAAACUUUGGAACACCUACAAAGUGCGUGGUUGGACUAUCAAAAUCAAUGGCAAAGUAUUGACAAUGCGGAUCCUUCCAAGGAUGCUGUAAAGGGUUAUAUUAUGCAACUCGUAACAGAAAAUGCUUAUAAAGACGUACAACUACAACUUCGUCCUAUAGUGGAUGAAAUGAUGAAGUUAGAGUUGAAUUUGUUGCGGAAUUCUCUUAAAGCUGACUAUCUAGCUGCAGGUAUUGCCAAACCACCACAAAGUAAAAAAAGAAAGAAGCCCAAGAAAGUGAAACCACCGAGGCCAGACAAAAUUAGCCCGGCAUCAAUGUUCCAACAACUAGUAGAUGAAGGCAUUGUAAAAAAAUACCCUCGUACUACGCUUGAUGAUUAUUGGGGAGAUCGAAAUUACGCUGCAGCUGAUAUGAGAGCUGUGCUCUGGACUCCCUCCUUCCCACUACCUUGUAUUGGAGAUGUGAGAGAACAAGUAAGAAACAGAUGUCUCUUGACUCUCGGUUCCUCGUGUCCUAAUGCGAUAAGAACUCAACUGCUCGUAGGCCCUCAAGCUGCAGGUAAACGAACUCUAAUACAUGCUAUAGCAACUGAAACAAAUUCUAUUCUUAUAGAUCUUUCACCGAUGAAUGUGUAUAAUAAAUUCCCUGGACCGAAAAACUUAAAAACCAUGUUUACAUUUGUGAACAGAAUAAGCAAACUAAUGCAGCCCACUGUGAUCAUGGUGGACAAUGCUGACAAAUUAUUCUAUAAGAAAGUUCCAAAGGAGGAAAAAAUAUUCGAUCCGACCAGAUUACAAAAAGACUUUUAUAAGGAAGUGAUAAAACCUAUUCAAUCAAACGAUAAAAUAUUAGUACUUGGAACAGCUACAGAGCCCUGGUUUGCCAAGAAUCCCCUUAUGUAUAAAUCGUUUCCUUCCCUUAUUCUCAUUCCGAGAACUGAUUACGGAAGUCUAUCACUGGUACUGACGAAGAUUCUUAUGAAAUACCAUGGAGUUGAUCGUGAUUUUAACGUUCAUUCAGUGGCGCAAGCUCUGCGAGGUUACGAUAUAAAUACAAUAAGGAAAGCAAUAGAUAAUUUGAUGGAUGGAAACCGAGUGGCACAGCUAUAUAAUAAGCCAUUAGAUCCAAUGGAAGUAGUUAACGCGGUCUUAGACUUUAAAGGUGCAAAGUUCACUGACGCGGAAGACUUUGAAAUGUUCCAGCAGUGGUACAACGGUUAUUCACCAUGGGGCCAGAAAUAUAUGGAUUACUUGUUGAUGUUAGAGUCGCAGUACUUAUACAAGUUGAAGAAUGACAAGAAGAAAAAAUAAUGAUGUUAUGAUCAUUACCACAGCGUUCUUGUUGGCCGUUUUA